AUGGAUCAUGUCGUCAACACCCACGACACUCAUCCUCGACUCUACCCUCUGAUGGAUCAUGUCGUCAACACCCACGACACUCAUCCUCGACUCUACCCUCUGAUGGAUCAUGUCGUCAACACCCACGACACUCAUCCUGCAGAGUUUUACCAACACCAUAAAUUAAUCCUCGAGGCCCUCCGUCAGCUACUCCGACGUGAGGAAGUAGAAAAGACUGUAUCACCAGGGACGCUCCUCUGGAGACGAUCACGACUAUCACCUCGCCCGUGGCCUCCUGCCAAUGGCCUCUCGCCCCUAGAGAUGCUCGCCCCGGCAUCCUGCCCCGCCCACAUCUCCACCGCCUCCCACCUCACCAACUCCCAGGUAGUGAAUGGACCCAUGUUCAGCGGCAUACAGCAACACCCUGGCCUGCAGCAGAUGGGCAUACAACACCCAGGCCUGCAGCAGAUGGGCAUACAACACCCUGGCCUGCAGCAUACAUCCGUGCAGCACUCCAGCCUGCAGCAUACCUUUGGCUUGCCCCCCACCCUCCCCCCCACCACUCCUGGACCAGCAAAGUCUCCAAAGAACCACUCACGGAGGAGGGAGAGAGCCAUCCUCAUCGACAGGGUGUCCCGGAUCCUUUUCCCUACCUCCUUCACGGUUCUCAAUGUUAUCUACUGGAGUGUGUUCGUAGUGCAGUGGUUCUAGUGCAGUGCGGACGUACCUCACUGGUGGCGGUUCUAACACGGUUCUAUAAACGCCACGGAUGAGGGAGAAUAGACAAGAGAAGUAACUAAGAGAAGAUACACUACACAUUAAAGAAUCCAACGUGACACGAGACAUAAUAUAAACACAAAUGAGUGUCCAGUCUUAGUAUACAAGCAACUUCGCUGCUGAAACCUAGAUGGCAGUGCGAGAAGUCAAUUUGAUGACGUCCUUAUCUAGAGUUCCAGAUUACACGUAGAGUGUUCAUUCCAACUGUUGACCUACGCCAGAAUGCUGACCUCUAAGGACCUAGGAUGCAAC